AUGGCUGUAACCUCGGCUUUAUUCUCGAGGUCCGGCCCAUCCGAAAACCCGGUACCCGGGUAAGGCCCAAGAUUGAAGAUUUAGCACAAGAGGAGACCCUGAUCAAGAGGGUCAACAAAGAUUCUAGCCAAAACAAGACGCUCCUAAACAAGAACCAAAGCGUAUCUUUCAGAGGGUAAAAAAUCUUACACACUACAUAUAACCUCUACUUAAAGGACCUCACCAACUACAUUUGAAUCGCAUUUUUACGGCUUGGAGGUGCGCUUCGCCAAAAGUUGCGAAAAUCCCGCGACAAAAAUAAAAACAAAAAAUAAUUGAGAAUUUUUCUCGAAAAUGCAAAACUGAAGCAAUUUCAUGUUCUGAAGCUGUAAAAAAAGCUUUCUGGUCAUCUGAAUCCUGUCAACAUCCAUGUGGAUGCUCCUCGGGAAAGGUUGAUGUAAGUUUUUUCGGUUUUCGCUUGGUUUUCCACAUUUAGGUAGGAGUGAAGGAACUUGCGCAAUAUUUCGUCUGUUCUUUUGGAAAAUAACACGAGCGCAAAGUUGAGGUGCAGCUAUUGAGCUCAUGAUUUGUGUGAUGUCAGUUUCUUGCCUUUUCUAGCUGUUUUUGCCCAUUUAGAGGUAUUUUAUAUUGUUUUAGUCAAGGCUUUUCAAUUUCAGAGUUGGCCAAUCGCCUGGAACGACCCAUGGAGAAGAAUUCCCUUCAUGGAAACGCCUUGGCAUCAAGGUUUGAGUCAGGGACGUCAUCUAUAGGAUAUUUGUAUAAGGUAGUGUGUAUUUUUACUUGGUUGUUUAAAAUUUAGAUACGUAAUUUCUCAGCCUCUAUGAAAUUAGUUUCAGACUGGGACUUGUCUUCGUGAACCAGUGGAUCCGUUACAGAGACGAAAACGGGUCGUACAACGUCAAGUCGGCCAAAACCUGCAUGGUUAA